UCGUAAUAGCCCAAAAACCUUUUGAGCUAGGCCCGCUGUCAUGGCGGAGCAAGUCAACAAAGAGAGUGCUCCUCAAGAAAACCUCCGCCUUCUCCGUCGCUUCCUCCUCCACGACGACAAUGACAAAUUCCGAUUCUUUAACCGACAAAGACACUCAAAAUUGGACAUCCGAAAGAGGGCAGGAGCCAAACAUUUCGAAAGAGCAAAGCCGCAAUAAGAAGAAGAAGAGGCAGAGGAAUAAUGAUCACAGCUACGGCGGCAAGCACCCGAACUACCGCGGCGUGUGGUUGCGCCGGAGGACCAAAUGGGUGUCGGAAAUCAGCGAUAAGGGGAAGAAAUUCAGAAUAUGGUUAGGGACAUACCCAAAAGCUGAAAUGGCAGCUAGAGCUUACGAUGCGGCAGCUCUAGCCCUCCAAGGUGCUUCUGCUUCUCUCAAUUUCCCUGAAUUGGCAAAAUCACUUCCCAAACCAGAAUCCCUGUCUCCAUCGAGCAUCCAGGCUGCCGCUGCUAAGGCAGCAGCAGAAGCAGAAGCAGAAACAGCUUUUGGGAAAAAGCAGAUUCUAUGGGAAGCAGUGACUGAAGAAGCAAAAGCCAGCAGCAUAGAUCAAGACCCAACUAGUACUAUUGCUUCAACUGAUUGUGAUGCUGAGAAAUUGGUUUCCAAUGCAGCUGAAUCCUUCAAAAUCUCAAUCGAAUACAUUCCCAUAAAUUCAGAGGACUGUACAUCCGAAAAAUGGAGAGAGCCAAACAAUGCGGAAGAGCAAAGCAUCAAAAAGAAGAAGAAGAGGCAGAGGACUAGUACUUGUACUAGUGAUGAUCAUCACUGUGAGGGCAGCAACCACCAGAAGUACCGUGGUGUCAGAUGGCGCAAAAAUGGCAAAUGGGGGUCGGUAAUCAGCCAGAAAGGGAAAAAAUUAUGGCUAGGGUCAUUCCCAACAGCUGAAAUGGCAGCUCGAGCUUAUGAUGCAGCAGCUCUAGCCCUCAAAGGUGCUUCUGCUGAUCUCAAUUUCCCUGAAUUAGCGCAAGCACUUCCCCAAUCAGAUUCCCCGUCUCCAAUGGACAUUCAGGCUGCAGCUUCUGCUUCUGAGGAAAUGCAGAUUGUAUGUGAAGCAGUGACUGAAGAAGCAGAUCCCAGGGGAAAAGCUAAUCUUCCCAUGUCACUGAAUUCAAAUAAUGCUCAAGAAUCAACUAGUACUUGUGCUUCAACUGCAGAAGGAUGUGCACACCAAGUGAAGAACUUGGAGUUGAAUUAUCUUGAUAUGGACAAAGCUUUUGAAUCCAUCUUCCCUUCUUGGUUGUCCAACUCACCUGAGAGAGCCUGACAUCUCAGCAUCAUCGCCUCGGCCGCCACUAGAAGAUGGUCCAUUCUCCUUGUUUACCGAAAAAGAUCCACCGGACCACUACCCAGUAAAGUUUAGAUUUUAGGAUUUGUUUCUCGUCUUUGAGGAUGUAUGUAUAUAAGCUUUGGAUGAAUGGUUCACUCUUUGUGGUAGUCUACUUAACCAGUAGCAAAUUAUGUUUUCUGUUUGUAAGAUUAACUGACUGGUUACGCGUACUAGAUCACCUUCUUCUCAACCCAAAUCGCCCGUUUGGAAGCCUCCGGAUGAGGCAUUGAUCGUCA